AAAGAAAUUUUUCAACUUGCCUCAAAAUAUAAUAUUUUUUUUUAUUCCCACCAUUUCAAUUUUAAUUUGCUUCUUCCUAAGUAAGUUUCAAGGAUGGAAUUUUUUGAAUUUUGUUUCUAUUCUAUUCCGAAUAAUUUUUCAACGUUUAUGAUAAUUAGUCUUCGGAAUGAGUUUUAUGUCACAGAAGAUACCAAUAUAUCACACUUGAAAAAGUAGAAUAAGCUGAAAAUAUCGAUUUGGUAGUGAAGAGCUUGCUUCGUCGACUUCAAUACGAGAAAAUUUUCUCUGAUAAAAAUUACGGUAUUUCAACAAUAAUUAUUGUUUAGCUAAUGAUUAUCUAUGACCAAAGCUCAGUGGAAGCGAGUAACGAACAUUGAAACAAACCUUAGAUAAGGUGACCUAAACCUUAGAUAGUUUCAUCUCUAUUAACGUUUUUAGUGAUUAAUGAUGAAACUUGAAUAAGGAUGUCGAAGAAGCUCUAUUAAUGUAUAAAUCAACAUUUUUAUUGAUUCUCAAAGUUCCCAUUUUCUAGGGGAGGCCAACACAUUCAACCUCAUAUUACAAUACAACGUUUUUAUUCCAUAACAAACCAUUUAAUACUCUGUAUUUCAUGAGACAUUCAGUACGGUACCUGACCUGAAGAUGAGCAUGCGGCUAUAUUGAAUUAUUCAAGUGAACUUUGGCUCUACGUGAAAAUGAUUAAAUUAGUCGGAAGAACAAUGGCAGGAAUGACGACAUUCCAAUUGAAUGGACAGUCGGGAGUCGGGGCAUGUGAGCGAAUACAUUAUUCAGUGAAACACUGGAUUGGGCUGUGGAUGCUCUGCCUGCCACUUCGCCCAACAUACGUGAAUUGGCCACUGCUGCCGCUAAUUGCAUCCAUCCAUACGGCAUUUAUAAAAAAUGACUGAAGAGGAACAAAAAAAUCCUCAUUCAAAAAUGAAGCUGGAAACAAAUUGGACAUCCGUCUUAUUUCUUCUCUAUUUCCAUAUGUGUGCCAUGUUCGGAUUGUUCCUAGUAAUUACUGCAGCGUCGAUUAAAACCACAAUAUUUUGUUUUGCUUUAAUAAUGUUUGGAGUGCUCGGUGUGACAACUGGAUGUCAUAGAUUAUGGGCGCAUAAAACAUACAGAGCAGUUUGGCCUCUAAGAUUGUUCCUCAUAUGCUGUCACACACUUGUUUGUCAGGGAUCGGUUUACGAUUGGGUGCUGGAUCACAGAAUACACCAUAAGUUCCAUGGAACAGAGAGAGAUUUCUACAAUUUCAAGAGAGGGUUCUCCUUCUCUCAGAUUGGAUGUCGCUGCGUUAAUGGCAAUGUCGACUACAAACAAGUAGCCAAUGAAGUCGACAUGUCUGAUAUUGAACAAGACAAACUUGUUAUGUUCCAGAAAAAUUUCUACUGGGUUAUCAUGCCUGUAGUGAGCAUAUUGCUGCCGAUAAACCUGCCGGUUGCGUACUGGGAUGAGUCGAUCCUGGCCUCAGUGUUUGUGGUGGGCUUUCUGCGAGUCAUCGUCCUCCUGCAAUGCGCCUGGCUCAUCAACUCAGCCACCAUUGUUUGGGGACUCGAUCCACUCGACAAGAAAUCAGCCGACACCAACCUAGUGUUCAUAGUGACGAAGAGCCUGUGGCCGCAGUACCACUACCUGCUGCCGUGGGACUACAAGUCGGGCGAAUUCGGCACUUACGGCACGGGCUGCUCCACGGCCUUCAUCCGUGUCUGGGCGGCGACAGGCCUCGCUUCCGGUCUUAGAACCAUCGACACGGACGGCGUGAAGGCGGCUCUGUCACGGGCCGUCAACACCGGAAGUCCGGUAUUGCAUUGUCUCAAUGAGGCACACUCGCUAUGCGCAGAUGAAGACAUUCUCGACCACUCCAAGCACCGAUAACGCAACUCGACUGACUAAGGGCCAGACCACAUUACGCGUUUUUCAGGAGACCACCCAAUUCCACUAAUCUUGUAAUAGUUUGAAGUGUAUAAUUAUUUCAAAUAUCCAAUGAAAGCUAGAUAAAUAGAACUAAGGACUUCUGCUACUGCAAAUAUUGACGGUAGAACUUAAUAGCAGAAGGAAAUUUGAAGAAUAUUUGCAGUAAAACAAGUCCCUAUAGUUCUAUUUUUAUAGUUUUCAUUGGAUAUUUGAAAAAAUAUUAUACAAUAUAUUACAGCAGUUGGUUAACUGUAAUUUCUUAUAAGUAAUCUUCCAAAUGUCAAGUGUGAUAAAUAAACGCAAUUAUCUGUCUCUAUCCAUCAAUCAGCCAAUCGAAGAACUUCCUGCCCUGUCGACUCUAAAAACGCCUGCAAAAACGCUGAAUAUGGUCCGACCUUUAAACAAUUUCUCUAGGGCCGCUUCAAAUAUACUACAUGAUCGUAACGCCUUCUGAAAACGCCUGAAAAAACGCUUAAUAUGGUCUGACCCUUAUCUUCUCUAGAGCCGCUUCAAACAUACUACAUGAUCGUAUCACAAAUUCUAUGAACAUCAUCACCUACCUCUUCCACUGUUAGUAACUGUGAUAUAAUCUUCAUGCCACGUUCAAAAUGAUAUUGUAUUCGAAGAGGUUGUAAGGCCCGGUUUCUUGGACACAUUGGGCUGUUUGCACAGUGCAGGUUUAAACAGUGGUUUUGAGAUUGUUACAAUGGUCAAGAGUUUAACCGCUUUCCAAAUUAAUAUGCUGCUUGUUCUUCAUGAUUCAUGUGUUUCAUACAACCUCUUCGUUUAUGUCAAAGAUUCGUCACUCUUUCUCAAUCAUAACCAUACUUUAUUUUCCAAUUAUUGUGCAUAAUAAAUAAUUGUAAAUACGAAUACAUUAUUACAUUGUUCCGUGUACCUCUUGAUGAUUCAUUUUACAAUUAUUGUGCUCAAUUGUAGAAACGAAUAUAUAAUUCUAACCUCUUGAUAUAACUGAUUCAAUAAGUACCGUAUAACCCAUACCAUCUAAGUACAUUAGAUUUAAUGUAUAUUAGACUUGAUUCAAGAGCUUUGAGAUUUUCAAAUGAAAAUAAAACAACGUAAAGUGGAUUUUAACUUCAAAUCAAAAUUCACUGUUAUGCUGAAACAAAAUGAGUUUUCAAGUGAAAACUUUGUUUGCAAUACUGAGCUUUAUUUACUUUUUUACUUGAAAAUUCUAUUAUUGAACAAAGUGUUUUACUCAUUUUGUAAGUUUAUUGUUUCGGUUUGAUUGAUCUUAUUUAAAAUCUGAAUUGUUUAGCGUGCUCCAUAUCUCAUGAACUAUUUACGGGCACAAUUCUUGACAGAGUUUGAAAAAUAUAUGCUACUCUGUCUCAUUAUAAAUUAUAUGUAAAAAACGAGUUGUAAAGUCUAAUUCUCGAAGAAUUCAGUCAAAGUAUAUGGGUUCAUAUCUGCUUUUUCUAAUUCUAGAAUAUCUUACAGUAUGUUAUUGGCUAAAUUGUUGUGAUCAAGUAUUUAAAAUUAUUUCGUAAUAUAAUUCUGUUCAUAAUUAGAUAUGAUUGUAAAUGACUAAGUAAAGUGGAUAUAUUGUCAGUAGGAUGAAUAAAAAAUAUAUAUGUACCGUAAGUGAUAUUUGACAUUUUUUUAUUGUUGCUGAAUAACUUUUUAUUCUAGUUAUAUGAUAAUGUUUUAUUGUGUUCAUGGCAAUUUACUUUUUAGCGCUGUAAUAACUACUUGCAUUGGAUCGACAUUUUUAGACACGUAAUUUAUUCAAUAAGUAUCAUCUCAUAAUAUCAAUAAUAUUUUAUUCUGGAUGCACUUUAUUAUCAGGUUAUCUGUAGGCUUAGUUUUGUAAGAUGUACCGUAUGAUUGAGUGGACAUGAAUAUAUAAAUAUUUAUCGAUACAUAA